AUGUUCCUUCUCAGAAACGCCAACCCCAACGACAGCACCAACAACAACUACGGCAACUCCAGAACCCUCAGUUCCUACUGUGUCUUUCACGGUAGAGGCUACAAUAUCAAAGCCUUUCACUGCAGAUGCGAUGCGAUCUUCCUGGAGGCCUAUGGGUCGAUUUUCAUCACCACUCUUGUCCUUGGAUUCAGCCCGUCCAUCGAUGGAAACACUACAAUAGAGGUGGAGCUUGUUUUCAAUAACACAGCAUCACCUGAAGUGACCAUUUCAACUGCUGAUGUACUGGAGACCAUGACGACGGCAGCAACCAACACCUCUGCUGGCGGAUUCUCCUUUGAUCCUGAAUCUAUUGUUGUCACAGAAACGCCAACCUCAACGACAGCACCAACAACAACUACUGCAACUCCAGAACCCUCAGUUCCUACUGUGUCUUUCACGGUAGAGGCUACAAUAUCAAAGCCUUUCACUGCAGAGUUAACAGACCAAACGACUGCAGAGUUUCAAGAACUGCAAACAACUGUUGUGACAUCUUGCGAUGCGAUCUUCCUGGAGGCCUAUGGGUCGAUUUUCAUCACCACUCUUGUCCUUGGAUUCAGCCCGUCCAUCGAUGGAAACACUACAAUAGAGGUGGAGCUUGUUUUCAAUAACACAGCAUCACCUGAAGUGACCGUUUCAACUGCCGAUGUACUGGAGACCAUGACGACGGCAGCAACCAACACCUCCGCUGGCGGAAUCUCCUUUGAUCCUGAAUCUAUUGUUGUCACAGAAACGCCAACCUCAACGACUACAACUUCCAGCCCAACAAGUGCUUCUACAAAUGGCUCGCUGAACACAACAGCUGCACCUUCAUCGAAUACAUUUAGUUGCGCCAGCGAUCCCCCAUUGUGCUGCUUGGGGCAGGAUAACAGCUGCAAUAGGGUCUGCUUCUGUGACGUGGCUUGUCUUCGGAUUGGCGACUGCUGCAGUGACUUCAACGCCACUUGCAUUACAGGAUUCCCAACAAGUCAACCCUCUAAUUUCACCAACACAACCUCAACCAACGAAACAACUUUCCCUAUUCUUUCCUUUUCAGGGAACUGUUCUGCAAACUCUUCCAUGUGUUGCUCAGGCGAAAAUCCAUCUUGUUUCAAUGGUUGCUUCUGUGACGAAUCAUGUGCUUCACGACCGAUCCCUGACUGCUGCCCAGACUACAGCGACACCUGCAUGAUAGAAACGCCAACUCCAACGACAGCACCUACUGUGUCUUUCACGGUAGAGGCUACACUAUCAAAGCCUUUCACUGCAGAGUUAACAAACCAAACGACUGCAGAGUUUCAAGAACUGCAAACAACUGUUGUGACAUCUUGCGAUGCGAUCUUCCAGGAGGCCUAUGGGUCGGUUUUCAUCACCACUCUUGUCCUUGGAUUCAGCCCGUCCAUCGAUGGAAACACUACAAUAGAGGUGGAGCUUGUUUUCAAUAACACAGCAUCACCUGAAGUGACCGUUUCAACUGCCGAUGUACUGGAGACCAUGACGACGGCAGCAACCAACACCUCCGCUGGCGGAUUCUCCUUUGAUCCUGAAUCUAUUGUUGUCACAGUUACAAGUGACAUGUUCCUUCUCAGAAACGCCAACCUCAACGACAGCACCAACAACAACUACGGCAACUCCAGAACCCUCAGUUCCUACUGUUGCGAUGCGAUCUUCCUGGAGGCCUAUGGGUCGAUUUUCAUCACCACCCUUGUCCUUGGAUUCAGGUAA